AUGUCAGCCACUGAGAUCUCUGGCCCUUCUGAUCAAUUCACCAAAAUCAAAGAACUAGAGUUGAUGCCAGAAAAAGACCUGAAGGAGAAGGAGGUGGAUGGAGUGUGCAGAGAGAAGGAUCAUCAGAACCCUGGAGGGUGGGAGGCUGAGUGUCCCCCCGGGACCCUCCAGCCUAGGAUCCUGAAAGAAGAACUGGAGCUGGUGCCAGUGACCUCAGAAGAAGGCGAGAAGCACAUCCUGACCCUGCAGACGGUGCCCUUCGCCUCUGAGGCCGUGGAGUUGCAGGAGGUCGGCUGGCUGAGCGCACAGCCUCAGGAGGGGAUGCAGGUGAUGGUGCAGCAGGCGGGUCCUGGGCUGCCAUCUCUGCUGUGGCUUGGCGAGGGGCCCCAGCAGAGCGUGCAGCAGUGCGUGACCAUCGGCAUCCAGGAAGAACUGCACUUCCUGCAGGAGAUGGAGGUGAUGCAGUUUCAGGUCGUGGAGGAGAACGGAGUGGCAGCCACUGGGGACAGCAAGUUGAUGAGCCUGGCUGAAAGCACUGAGCUGACUAAGCUUGAAGAAGGUCAGGGAAAGGACCGGCCACCGAUGGCUGCAGGAACACGGGACCUUUGCUUCCUCGUGGAAGCGAGUCCAGGCGAGGAAGGAAGAGACGAAAUCAUUCUGACAAUUUCAAGUUUAAAUAUGGAAGAACAAGAAGAUAAACCUGCGCCUGGCCCAGCCAACAUUGAAGAAGCCAGUGCUACAGAUCACACAACAAAGGGAGCAAAGCGGAUCUUCUCCUGUGAUGUCUGCAGAUUCACCUCCUCAAGGAUUUCAAGUUUUAAUCGCCACAAAAAAAUUCACACCAGCGAGAAGCCUCACUUGUGCCACCUCUGCCUGAAAGCCUUCCGCACGGUCACUCUUCUGCGGAACCAUGUCAACACCCACACAGGAACCAGGCCCUAUAAGUGUGGAGACUGCAACAUGGCAUUUGUCACCAGCGGGGAGCUCAUCCGUCACAGACGUUAUAAACACACUCAUGAGAAGCCCUUCAAAUGUUCCAUGUGCAAGUACGCCAGUGUGGAAGCCAGUAAGCUGAAGCGCCAUGUCCGCUCCCACACAGGCGAGCGCCCCUUCCAGUGCUGCCUAUGCAGCUAUGCCAGCAAGGACACCUACAAGCUGAAGCGCCACAUGCGGACCCACUCAGGUGAAAAGCCGUACGAGUGCCACGUCUGCCACGCCCGAUUCACCCAGAGCGGGACCAUGAAGAUACACAUUCUGCAGAAGCACAGUGAGAAUGUCCCCAAGUACCAGUGUCCCCAUUGCGCCGCCAUCAUUGCAAGGAAGAGUGACCUGCGCGUCCAUCUGCGCAACCUGCACUCCUACAAAGCUGCGGAGAUGAAGUGCCGCUACUGCCCAGCCACCUUUCACGAGCGCUACACCCUCAUCCAGCACCAGAAGACGCACAAGAACGAGAAGCGGUUCAGGUGCCAGCACUGCAGCUAUGCCUGCAAGCAGGAGCGGCACAUGCUGGUUCACGUGCGAAUCCACACUGGAGAGAAGCCGUUCGCCUGCCUCUCCUGCAAUAAGUGUUUUCGGCAGAAGCAGCUUCUAAACGUUCACUUCAAGAAAUAUCAUGAUUCAAAUUUCAUCCCAACUGUUUACAAAUGCCCCAAGUGUGGCAAAGAUUUCUCCCGCUGGUGUAACAUGCACAGACACUCAGAGAAGUGUGACCCAAGCCAGGAGAAGUCAGCCACCUCGGGAAAAAGAACAAGAAAGAGAAAGCAAACAGCCCCCAAGGACACAGGAAAGGAAGACGCUGCCAAGGGUCUUUCAGAGGCUCACGCUGAUGGAGAAGCAGCCAUGCAGGAAACUGCCGUGGUGAGGGGAGCACAGUUCCCAGGUGAGGCACUCGUAGACUACAGAGAAGCCACAGCCGGUGUGGAGGACCCAGAUGAAGGCAUGACCUGCGAGAUGCUCCUUAACAUGAUGGAUAAAUGA